CGAAAACCAUGGCGUGUUUUCAACAAAUCGACCAGUCAAGAGAUGAUCCAGCCGUCAAAGUUCCUUGCUACUUAGGUUAUCGGAUGUCAAUAGCUAUUUACCUUCUUGCCCUUUUUCUGUUUCAGGAAAGAGUGACUAAUCCCCUAUCAAAACAUGUAUACAUUUUUGUAGGAAAUCAUUAACGUAUAUUCAACCUCGCACUUCAAUGUUAAAUCACCAACACACUAUUCAAUUCUUUAGAAUUAAGGCAGUACCCUACAGCAGGAUCUGUAGGAAGAUUUGAUUGAAUAAAAUGAUAGAUAAACAAAAAAAAAAUACAGGGCGGUCAUCUAGAGAACGUGAAUACUUUUUUUUUAAACACUUCCUUCAGGGGAGGGGUGAGGCCAGUUUGGAAAAUACUUUUCCUUAGUACAAAGCUGACUUUUCCGGAAAUGUUCUAAAUGGGUGAUGGGCUCUUCUAGGCAUUGAACGGGUUAACUGAUGUUUGAAGGCGUGCAUCCUGUUGCAUCUCUGUAUAAACAACAAGAUCCAUCUGUAAGGAUAGAUGAUGUACGUUGUCGAUUUUUA